AUGUCAUCUAAACCUAAUCCUAAAGCGUUCCCAUUAGCAGAUGAUACUUUGACACAACAAAUUUUGGAUGUUGUGCAGCAAGCGUCUAAUAUGAGACAGUUGAAGAAGGGCGCUAAUGAGGCCACCAAGACUUUGAACCGUGGUAUUUCUGAGUUUAUUAUUAUGGCGGCUGACUGUGAACCUAUUGAGAUUUUGUUGCAUUUGCCAUUAUUGUGUGAGGAUAAGAAUGUUCCAUAUGUAUUUGUGCCUUCUAGAGUUGCUUUGGGUAGAGCUUGUGGGGUUUCCAGACCAGUGAUUGCUGCUUCAAUUACGACGAACGAUGCUUCUCCAAUGAAGAACCAAAUCUAUGGUGUCAAAGACAAAAUCGAGACUUUGUUGAUUUAA